GGUGGCGCCACAGGGCGCGAGGCGAAAAAAGAACGGACCACACAACGGACAAACUUGUCGCUGCCGAGAAGCAGCCAUGGCGAUCGCAAGAGUACGCAGCGGCCCCGCUCCGACGGGUUUCUAACGUAAUGUUGAGUGUGACAUAGCUACAUCGUGCCCAUUUCUGUCUCCGCGACACAGCGAAGGUCUGAGAGAAGCUCAGGGCGAGUGAACGAAUUUUUCUAGGAUAUGUCGUGAUCGCCCGCGCUGUUGAUGGAUGUGCGCGGAGACCGUAUGCAUUCAUCGGUCCGCUGGGUACAGGACCGACCAAUAUGUCUUGGAAAGCCGACUUGGCCGGCGACGACGAGGACUUGCAGAGCGACAUCGCUUUUUUCGACUCUGAAGCUGCCUCCACGUCUCAGCCGUGUUACAUCAAGGGCGACGGCGUCGAGAACAAGCCCCCCUGCAGCGCAGCAGCGGUCGAUCUUGGGAGCCUAGGUCAAAACAUUCGCGAUGCCGUUUCUUUCACUGCGCAGGGCGCGCUUUCGUCUAGCAGCAGUUCCAUUGGGGGCAACUCAGGCCUGUUGCCAUUUGAGUCGUCGUACCGGCUACCGAGCUCGAGUUUCUUUGCUAGAAGAGUAAGCCCCCCCGUGGCGCCGCAGAACGUUUCCCUGACCGACCGCGACAUGAAAGAGCCGUCGCCUCCACUGCUCCGAAACAGUUGCAUGGAGCAGGACGAUGGAAAUGAGGACGUGGAUGGUCAGGACGCAGCCAGCAGCCCACGUUCGAGUGUCACGGACUCGGAGGGGCUGUCGUCACUCAGCGAGGGCUCGAUGGAGGACCUGUCGGAGUCGGAGUCCAUCACGGACGUGACGCCACUUCAUUCGCCUUACAUGUGUGACAGCCCCGUGCCCGUAAUGAAACUACCUGUCAGCAAACUGACGAUGUCUGAAGCAGGCAUAAACGGCGUUUCCCGUUCCGGCGACAGCAGCAGCGGCAGCGAUUCUGAUAGAAGUUCCUUCAGUGGCGCCAGGCGCAAACGCUCGUCCGCCGGGCCAUUGCCUGGCAAGGUGCGCCUGGGAAGCAAGCACCAACAGCGAGAACCCGUUGACCUGCAGCUUCUCGUGGACGCCAUCAGGCGCCUCGAGGCGCAUCAAUGCGAGCAGGGCCAGGCCAACCGGGCACGCGAGGAACCCCGGGCCAAGGGGCGCAAGAAUAUGUCAUUCUCGAACGAAGAAGUCCAGCGUAUCGACCGCGAAAACCAGCGACUCUUGAAGCGGAUCUUGGCACAGCAGAACCGACCGAGGCCAAAAUUUGACUCAAGGACGCCGUCCCGCCUGGCGCCUUCGGCCAUCAACCGGCAGCGACAGCAGCGGCAGAUUGAAGUGGAAAACCUCGCACUUCUCAAGAGAAUUGAGUCUGCCAAGCCAUCUCGAGAAGUGGCACCUUCGCAGGACCUCAGCCAUGUGCAGAGAGCACGAUCCCACUCCCUCUCUCUGACGCGACAUACUCUGCAGACUCCUCCGGUAAUGGCGACAGCAGCAACACCACCGCUUGCAGGGGUCAAGCAUUUCCCACCACGCCAGAAGCAUCACUCCCACUGAGCUUGGCUGUCCUUUCGCCUUCGCAAUGAAACAGUGUUGUGAAGAAUGCAGCCCACCAAAGUUCCUCUUAUGGCAUUGCAGUGGACUUAUCCUUACAUUAGCUGUCUGUGUAGCCACACCCAGUCACACACAUUUGUGCUGAGAGUGCACACCCAGCACUCUCAGCUAGUGGCAUGGUGAUAAAGGGCUUAAGAAGGCA